GGUCAAUUCAGCUUGUCUGUAGGUAUCUUGAACAAAGGGCAAAUAUGGCGACCGCUCCACAAAUUACGAAGAAAAAGAAGGCCGUUUUGGAUGGAGUUUUCAAGGCUGAGCUCAACAAUUUCCUCAUGAAGGAACUUGCUGAGGACGGUUACUCCGGUGUCGAGGUCCGACGCACCCCAGCUCGUGCUGAAGUCAUCAUCAUGGCCACCCGCACUCAAUCCGUCCUUGGUGAGCGCGGACGUCGUAUCAAGGAGCUUACCUCUGUAGUACAGAAGCGUUUCGGUUUUGAGGAAGGUUCCGUCGAGCUGUAUGCAGAGAAAGUCUCUAACCGAGGUCUUUGUGCCGUGGCUCAGUGCGAGUCGCUUCGAUACAAAUUGGUCGGUGGAUUGGCAGUUCGCCGUGCUUGCUACGGAGUGCUUCGCUUUAUUAUGGAGUCUCAGGCUCAGGGUUGUGAGGUCAUUGUUUCUGGCAAGCUUCGCGGUCAGCGUGCUAAAGCGAUGAAAUUCGUCGAUGGUCUUAUGAUCCAUUCUGGACACCCCGUUACGGAAUACAUUCAGCAAGCCGUUCGACACGUGCAACUUCGUCAGGGAGUAAUUGGUAUCAAGGUCAAGAUUAUGCUGCCUCACGAUCCUCGUGGCCAAAUGGGACCCAAGAACGCUCUUCCUGAUCAUGUCCAGAUCCUGGAACCCAUGCCGGAAGUUAAUCCAACCGAGCCAAGCUCCGAACACAAACUUGAGAAGAAGGACGUCAUCCCCAUUGUUCCCCCUCCAAUGCAACCUGUUGAGGUCACGCCGGCCUAUUAAUGACUUGUUAUUACUUCGUUACAUAAAUUUUUGUUAUUGUUAUUGCACACUGAGAAGGGGUGUACUUGUCGCAAUAUUUGAACUGAUGAAUACAUUUGAUGUCGUAAAUCUUACAUGCGUGAUUCUCCUUCAUCCUGUCUUAAAAAAGCCAUGUCUUACUAGGGGGUCAGAAGUCGAGGUGGCAUCUCCCAAGAGUUGCAUAUCAUUCCAUGAGAACAAAACGCUGGUUCCGAAACUAUCUAUCAAGC